AUGGUGGUGAUGCACCAACCCCCACCCGACUCAGCCACAGCCCCCAACGUGCCGCCGCAAAUCAGCGUGAACGGAACCCAACUGCAAGUGGUAAAGAACUUCCCGUACCUGGGCAGUACACUCUCCCGCAACACCAAGAUCGACGACGAAGUCGCCAACAGGAUCUCAAAAGCCAGUCAAGCCUUCGGUCAUCUUCAAAGCACAGUUUGGAAUCGCCACGGUCUUCAGCUCAGCACCAAGCUGAAGAUGUACAAGGCCGUCAUCCUGCCGACACUGCUGUAUGGAGCGGAGACUUGGACAGUGUACGCAAAGCAGGCACGUCGUCUGAACCACUUCCACCUCAGUUGUCUUCGUCGCAUCCUGAGGCUAAAGUGGCAGUUAGAGGAGCGCCCAUCGACAGUUUUUAUGGAAUUCACUCGUCCUGUUGUGCCUUAUGGGCGUUCGUCCGUCUCUCUCUUACUCCCUUUCCGCCUGCCUCGCUCCCCAUCUCUCUCGGACUCUCUCUGCCUCUACCUCUGUCCCUCUCUCUUACUCAAAGUCUCCCUCUCUGUCUCUCUAUCUCACAGUGUCCCAAGCUCCCGCCCUUCCUGUCUCUCUAUCCGCAUUUCUCUCUCUCUCUCAGUCUCCUCCUCUCUCACAACGUAUCUAUCUGUCUAUCUCCCUCUCCGUUUCUUUCUCUAUCUAUCUCCGUCCAUCCCUCUCUAUAUAUACGUCUAUCUCUCUCUCUCAGUCUCUCUAAAUCUCUCUCAUUCACUCAACCUCAUUCAAUCUCCCACUCUGUCAGUUUUAGUCUCUCUCUGUUGGUCUCUAUAUCUGUCGGUCCCCCACUCACUUCCUCUCAGUCUAUCCCUCUCUCUCUCUCUCUGUCAGUCACUAUAUCUCAAUCAGUCUCUAGCGGUACCUCUCUCCCUCAUACUGUCUCUCUCUCUCUCUCUCUCACUCAGUCGCUCUCGCUCCGUCUCUCACUCAGACUCUCUCUCGCUCUCCCUCAGUCUCUUUCAGUACCUGUCUCAUUCAGGUUAG